AUGCAAAACGUGAUCAUUGAGGAUUUAAAGAAGAGCAAUCGUCGCAAACACAAGGAUUUGGCAGUAUUUCCUGUGAAAUUACGUAUCCUUCCAGAGCACAUUUUCAACAAACGCUCCCCAAUCGUGAUGGGCGUUUUCGUUGAGGCUGGUGAACUGCGUGAGGGCACUCCACUUUGUGUACCUUCACGUGACUGCGUAUGCCUAGGUAAAGUGCAUUCGAUAGAGGCGAACCAUAAGCCAGUUCGGUUAGCCCGUGAAGGACUGGAAGUCUGUAUUCGCAUAGACCCACUUGACGGGGAAACGCCAAAGAUGUACGGCAGACAUUUUGAGGCCACUGAUACUGUAGUAUCUAAGGUAAUUAAUAUAAGCCUUUGA